CCGCCUCCCGAGGCAGGAAGUGCCGGCGCCGCAGCUGUCGCGCCCGUUCCUUCGCUGGUCCUGUGCAGGCAGCCCAGCUCCUGGUGCUGGUGUCCGGCCGCGUUCUAGAAUUAAACCGCCACCAUGUCAAGCAAAAAGGCGAAGACCAAGACCAAGAAGCGCCCCCAGCGCGCGACCUCCAACGUGUUCGCCAUGUUUGACCAGUCCCAGAUUCAGGAGUUCAAGGAGGCCUUCAACAUGAUCGACCAGAACAGGGAUGGGUUCAUCGACAAGGAAGACUUGCAUGACAUGCUUGCUUCUCUAGGAAAGAACCCAACCGACGCGUACCUGGAAGCCAUGAUGAACGAGGCUCCAGGGCCCAUCAACUUCACCAUGUUCCUCACCAUGUUUGGGGAGAAGCUGAAUGGCACAGACCCGGAAGACGUCAUCAGAAAUGCUUUUGCCUGCUUUGAUGAAGAAGCAACUGGCACCAUUCAGGAGGAUUACCUGAGAGAACUGCUGACCACAAUGGGAGACCGGUUUACAGAUGAGGAAGUGGACGAGCUGUACAGAGAAGCACCUAUUGACAAAAAGGGGAAUUUCAAUUACAUCGAGUUCACUCGAAUCCUUAAGCAUGGAGCAAAAGACAAAGAUGACUGAAGGAACUUGAGCUGAAACUUUCCAGUUUGUCUUACUCUAUAUUGUUUCCUAGACAUUUCCCCCCAACCCCCAUAGACCUGUUGCAUGCAACUUUGAUUCACAGCUUUGCCUUUUUUUUUUUUUUUUUUUGGUGUAUUUAUUCUAGACCUUCCUGCCACUUAGCACUUGUAUAAUCAGACUGAAAAUGGGGAUGAAGUUGUAAAUUGUAUUGAAAAAAAAAGAGAUUGCAAAUAAAAAUCAACAAAUGUGAAAGCCCAGGAAAAUAUAUCCGGUAUUUCUGGUUUUGCUGGAUUUUUACAUUUUUAUAUAAUAAAAAUGCUAUUUUGAAAUAAA